AUGGCUCCUGCACGAACGAAGAAAAGAUCCUCCGACGAGAUGGAAGAGCCUUCGACGCAGAGACGGACAGUGCCCACAAAGACGGGCACACCCACAAUGCUGAGCAGCAGUCCGAGCAAGAGGCAAAGAAUUGGAAUCACUCUGGAGCAAAAGCAGGCCAUUAUUGACAAUUUGCAACUCGAGAUUACCGAUCGCGCCAGAAGACUACGUGCCCAAUACAACCAACAGGCCCAGACUCUUCGAUCCCGCAUACAGAUGCGCGUCAACCGAGUCCCCAGAUCGAUGCUCAAGAUGACUAUGGCCGACUUGGUAGCUAGGGCCACCGAGCAGCAAAAACGUCUCGAGGCAGCUUCGCGACCGCCUCCAGUGCCUGAAAAGGACUUCCCGCCACGGACGAGCCCCCACAAGCUGGCCCCCCCGGGACGAUCUACCAAGCGAUUGAGUGAUGCCAUGGCUGGUGGAGACAAGGAGAACGAACAGAUCGUGAACCCGAAGAAGAAGCAUCGUGCAGGCCCACCGCCUACCACUUUGAGCUCGUCUCAGAUUCUGUCUCCAACCUCAUCCAAUACACGAUCAGUCAUUCGUGAACGACCCCCAUCAUCGCCUUCGAAGGCUCAAUUUGGCCGGCCUCAAUCCUCUCCUGCCAAACAUCACAACAGCGCUCGUUCGGCGCUGUCUAGCAUGGUUGAGAAGGCAAAGAAAUCCAGUCGUGCGGGUCCUUCACGCGCCUUGGCAUCUUCUACAACCAGCUCUAAUGCUUCAGCGCCUGUCAACCCAUCAGCACCUGCAACCACCAGGACGAAGCGAGCCAACACAACUACUGCAACAAAAGCACCCCCACGGCCUGCCACAAGGACAGGUAAACGAGUCAGUGACUCAAGUGAGGGCAGCACGGGGACUGUCGUGAAGAAGACUGCUGCUGCUGCACCCGCUGCGACGACCAAGAGGACCGUCAUGGGCACGAUCAGAAAGGGCGUCGGUGCUGCUACGGCCCGGAAACCAGCGGCCCCCAAAUCAGUAGCAUCUACGACGGGUUCGACGAGGGUGUUGCGUAAGAGAGCGUAG